UGGUCGAAGAGGCCAUGCACGGACCAUUAUUUCCGAUGACAUAAGAGCAACUUUGGUGGACCAUGUCAUAAACCAUGGCCUGACUAUGAGGGAAGCUGGGCAGAGAGUCCACCCUAAUCUAAGCCGUUGCACAGUUUCAUCCAUAAUAAGGACAUUCCGACUGGAAAACAGAAUGACUAGAAGACCUUCUGGGGGUGGACGCCAACGCCUGUUCACCCAACAGCAGGAACUUGCCAUUGUGGACCUAGUCAGAGCAAACAAUGCAAUCCGUCUCCAGCAGCUACGGCAACAAAUACUUGCAGAUAGGCAAGUGUUCAACAACAUAAACCGAGUAAGCAUUACCACUAUAAGACGCAUCUUGGUAAAGCACAAAAUGACCAUGAAGCAACUGUACAGGGUCCCAUUUGAGAGGAACAGUGUCAGGGUCAAAGGACUUCGACGUGAAUAUGUACAGAGAAUCUUGGCCAUGGAUGGAGCUGCACAGCCUCAUAAAUUUAUUUACAUUGAUGAGGCUGGAUUCAACCUUAGCAAAACAAGACGACGGGGUCGUAAUAUAAUUGGCCAAAGGGCAAUUGUGCACGGCCCAGGGCAGCGCGGGGGAAAUAUCUCAUUGUGUGCCGCCAUAAGCCUUCGAGGGCUUCUGUACCAUCAUGCAAAACUAGGUCCAUACAAUACACAACAUAUCAUCACAUUUCUAGAUGCUCUUCAUAAUAUAGCUGUACAGGACAGACCAGAGCAGCCCAGGUUUGUUGUUGUCUGGGAUAAUGUCAGUUUCCAUCGGGCUGCUCUGGUCCGGACCUGGUUCACCAACCAUAAUCAAUUUGAAGUGGUAUACUUGCCCCCUUACUCGCCAUUUCUAAACCCUAUAGAAGAAUUAUUUUCGGCUUGGAGAUGGCGUGUAUAUGACCGCCAACCACAUGCCCGCAUGCCUCUUCUGCAGGCAAUGGAACAGGCCUGCGGAGACAUUGAGGUGAGGUCAAUCCAUGGAUGGAUUCGGCACACAAGGGGAUAUUUUCCCCGAUGCCUAGCCGAUGAGAUCCUGUGGCCAGACCCCAACAGACGGCAGGAUCCAUAA